UUUGACGCUGAAGUUUUUUGUGGUGGGAAUUAAUUUGUUUUAUUAUCCAUAUAGGGAUAGCAAAAGAAGAAAAUUCCAGCUAAAGUAGAAGAAACAAAUUAGGAUUUGUUGAUUACUGCCAGAAUCAGUUAGUGAAAAAUGUCUGCAAUCUAUGAUAACUGGGAGAGGCUGGUGGCUGCUGCUAUAAAGAAACAGCAGAUAUGGGAACUCUGCCAUCGAUCUUCCAGCACCCUCUCCGAUGCUUCGUAUCUGUCUUCUUCCUUUGGUGAUCUGAGCUUUGAAAUUUCAAGAUCACAUAAGCUGGUUCUGGUCUCACAGUUUUUCCCUGCUUUUGAUGUCCAAGAUGCAGCCUUGGCUUCUGUGAAGUUGCUUGGGGCCGGAACCUUUGGAAGUGCGUACGUGGCUAUGAUCGAUGAUCAGCCAAGAUUUGUGGUGAAGAGGCUCGAGUCAGAGCGUGUCUCUGAACUGGAUUUCAGGCAGAUCAUGGAGAUUCUUAGAGAUGUUAAGCAUGAAAAUGUGGUCCCGUUAAGAGCUUAUUAUUCUUCGGUGGAUGAAAGGCUUAUGCUGUAUGAUUAUUACAGUAACGGAAGUGUGCAUUCGUUGUUACAUGGCCAAACGGCAGAUGUAGACUGGGAAACCAGAGUAAAAAUUGCCGUUGGUGCAGCGAGGGGCAUUGCUGAAAUACACAAACAACUUGGUUGGAUGCUUCUCCAUGGAAACAUGGCACCAAAUAUUUUUCUCAAUCAACAGCUAUACGGCUGUGUGUCAGAUUUCGUCUUGCCAAACAUGAUGAAAACUGGAGGACGCAUACCCACUGCAUCAAAUGCGGCAUCAAAUGUGUAUAGCUUUGGAAUUCUUCUAUUCGAGCUUCUAACCAGAAAGAAUCCUGCAGCUGUUAACCUAGUCAACCUGGUUAAUUCAGUUAAAACUAACGAGAGGGAUGCUAACGUUUUUGAUCCCGGUCUAUUGAAGCAUCCUUCCAUUAGUACACAGAUGAAUAAAAUGCUGCAAAUAGGAAUUAUAUGUGUGGCUAAUUCAGCAAAAAAGAGACCUAAAAUAUCUGAAGUGGUGGAGAUGUUGGCGGAUAUUGACAUAUCGAGCCGAGUGAGCCGCUCUUUGGACUCAAUGAGUCAAGAAGGAAAACUUGUAUUUCUUGAGGAUGUUAAUGUUGGUCCCGUGUUUGAGAUCGAGUAUUUAUUGCGUGCUUCUGCUGAGGUGCUUGGGAAAGGAUCAUUCGGGAAUAGUUACAUGGCAAUACUCGACAAUGGAAGUAUAGUUGUGGUGAAGAGAUUUAAAGAUCCGAAUCCAACAUUCAAGGAUUUUCAGAAGCAUGUGGAGUUAUUUGGAAGAAUGAAUCACACGAAUAUCGGUAGAUUAAAGGCUUUUUACUAUGCAAAAGAUGAAAAGCUUUUGUUGUAUGAUUAUUACACCCAAGGUUGCAUAUCUACGCUAUAUGGGAUAAGAGGUGAUGACUGGGUGAGCAGAGUCAGGGUUGCUCUUGGAGCAGCAAGAGGUAUCGCUCACGUCCACGGACAAGAUCAGGAUCUUGUGCUCGGAAAUAUAAAAUCCUCCAAUAUUUUCAUCAAUGACCAAAAUCAUGCCAUUGUGGCCUUUGAUGCUGGAUUGGCAAAUCUAAGUCCCAAGAGGCUGCCACGUGUACUAGAUUCAGUCUACUGUGCCCCGGAAGUAAAAAACGCGGGGAGAGUGUCACAGGCUUCUGAUGUUUAUAGCUUUGGAGUUGUGCUGCUUGAAAUUUUUUUUUACGGAGAAUCAUCUCAAGAUUUUGCAUCACUACCUGAGCUGGUUCGAUCUGUCAAUCAUGCGGAUCUGGUGGAUGUCGCUUAUCUGAGGUACGGAGACGAGCAGGCGCUGGCACAAGUGUUGCAUAUGGCAGUGGGUUGUGUUGGCACAGCCGUGGAACGUAGGCCUACGAUAUUUGAAGUUGUGAAGGUGUUGGAGGAAAUUGAAUGUCCACCUGUUCAAUCAGGAUUGGAAUCCUUAUUGGAGAAUCUAUUGCCCAUGCUAUCACCAUAAUCCAUGGGGAACUCCAGAUUGAAGAACGGCCAUCGGGACUCCAAAAGAGAGCUGAAGGAGUUGAUAACAGAAUUUGAUUCAAACAAGAGAAUUAAGAAUUCUAAAAGGUGUGUAAAUGUUUACUACAGUUGUAUUAUAGUAAGUGUGUAUCUGUUGGAGACUAAACAAACAGGAGGACUCAUUCAAAAGAUUAGUAUGCUACGUCCAUUUAGUCCCUAA